AGUUCAUACCUACUGCAUGAUUAUCCUCUCAACUACCCUCAUAUCUCUCUUUCAAAAAAAAAAAAAAAAUUAGAACUGGUUUUUGCAGCUUUCUGCCAAAGUUACCGUAAUGACUUCAGGCAAAAACAAAGAAGGAAUGUUUGCGCGUCAAAUGUAAAAACAGAAGUGUUGAAAAUAGAAACGAAUAUAGUCAGGAAGCGUGGCGAGAAAUACUUUUCAAAGUAUUGGUUGGUUUUAGAGGUGGUCAGUGGUCUCUUUGUUGGGACUUUCAAUUCAAUUUAAUCGAUCUUUAAAGGCAAUUUCCAACAAAAUUAUGAAAAGUCCCAAACCAGCAAGCCGCCGGAAAAUUGUCAUCCGGAUUCUGAGUUACGACUCUAUCAGGUAAAAGAGUUAUAUAUAUAAUCAGCUAUCAGUACCUCUUUCGAAUUCAGUAGCCCUUCAAAGUACAUACUUCUUCAUUUGCUGCAGCCCCUCCCUCCCAAAGAGGCCUUUGUCUCAACUUGGAGAUAGAUUUUCAUUCUUAAUCAGAAGCAGAGAAGCAAGUCAUGUCUGAAAAUACAGUUCAACAGGUUGAGCUACUUUGUUCAGAUAAUGAUUCAUAUGGAGGAGUUGUUGUGAAGAUAGAGCAACCCAUAGAUUCUAAGAUCUUUCCUUCUUUGCUUAGAGCUUCAAUAUCGCAAUGGAGGCAGCAGGGGAAGAAAGGUGUUUGGAUCAAAUUGCCUAUCGAACAUGCAAAUCUUGUUGAAGCUACAGUUAAGGAAGGAUUUCGGUAUCACCAUGCUGAACCAGAUUACUUAAUGCUUGUAUGUUGGCUUCCUGAAACUACUGAUACUAUUCCUCGAAAUGCUUCACAUCGAGUAGGUGUUGGUUCUUUUGUCAUGAACAAUAAGAGAGAGGUGCUUGUAGUUCAGGAGAUUAGUGGCAAAUUCAAAGGAACAGGGGUGUGGAAGUUUCCUACCGGGAUUGUUAAUGAAGGUGAGGAUAUUUGUACAGCUGCAAUUAGGGAAGUCAAAGAAGAGACAGGAAUUGACACAGAGUUUGUGGAAGUUUUAGCAUUCAGGCAAAGCCACAAGUCAUUCUUUAGCAAAUCAGAUUUGCUCUUCAUUUGCAUGUUAAAACCACGUAACUUUGACAUUGAGAAGCAGAAUUCAGAGAUUGAAGCAGCACAGUGGAUGCCAAUUGAGGGCUAUGCAGUGCAACCUUAUAUCCAAAAACAAGAGCUCUUCAAUUAUGUUGCCAAAAUAUGCUUAUCAAAGUCUGAAACGAAUUAUACUGGUUUUUCUCCACUGGCUACAACUACAGGCUCUGGCAAAAUAAGCUACCUCUACUUCAGCAAUCAGGAUGCGAAGCACCUUGUAACUUCUGAUAAUCAACCAUAGAAAGUCUGAUGUGAUGUUUAAAAAAUACUAUAUACUAUUUGCAUGAGUUGUGACAAUAAGAACUCUAUGAUAGAAAUGCUUGAAGGGUUAGUCAUACUAUAUAGUGUUAAGUUCUAAGACUUUAGGAUCUAAAUGUAUUAGAAUUUCAAUUUGUAAUGUGUUGGCAAACCAUGAUCAAACAUUGAGUCUAGGUUUAGGCUUGCUCAAAGUGUGUUUCUUUGUAAAAUUGGAAUUGAGUGAUUGCAGGAUUUACUAGUCUAAAUCGGCAAGACUUGAUUGAUCGAAAAUUAGACUCGAUCGAUCGAAUCUUAUGCAGAUUUAUUUUUUUGCAAAAUUUCC